UAAGAGCAUCCGGUGCAAAGAUGGCGUAAAGUGAAAACUUCUGAAACUAAACCAAACUAAUCAAUGCAGAAAUUUUGGUUGGAAAUGCUUGAUAAUAGUUGCAUAUUUCGAAGACUUAUUUUCUGCUGAGUUUAUGCCUUAAGCAGCGAAAGCGCUUUGAUCAUUGCUGUAAAGAAUCAGUGUAUUCGCUGAUGUUGGUUCAGUGUAGCCUUCAAAGGCCAGUCCUGAGAAGGAGCAUUAGCAAGGAAUGCACGUGACGCCAUUGUCCAGCCCAAGAAUGGCUAAGACAAUGUCCCUGGGCAUGCUGGAGCAAGAUGGCGACGUCCAUAUUGUUGAUCAGGACGACAUCAUUGUGAUGACGCAGGAUGUGAAGAACUUUUCUGAUGCACUCGGGAGAUUGAGAGCACUUUUCACAGAGCCAUGGGAUAUAGACAUGGAUUUGAAGGUGCUUGCGCAUGAACACUUGGGUGAUGUUCUCAGCACUCUGAAGUCAAUUUUACAGAAGUACCCACCUCUGAAUACGACAGAAAUCUUCUCAGCAGCUGCCACACUCAUUUCUAAAAUCAAAAGCUACAAUUAUGAGGAGCACAGCUGUGAUGAUGUGGAGUGUGCCUUUAGCGACCCGAUAGACCAGCUUGCUCUGGAGUUCAGCAGCAGUGUGUCAGAGUAUUUGAUGGGUGAUUUACAGCAGCCUUGCAGUGAUGAAGUGAAAACGAAGUCCUAUGACAACCUACUGUCAGUUUCCCAUGAUGCAGCUGAUCAGGAAGAAAUGGAGGAGGAAAAGGAAGAGCCAGUGAUGAAGUUAACACCGGAACAGAUAGACGUGUCACUGAUGAAAUUGGAAGCUGGUCACGAACUCGCUUUAAAGCGUGCCAAGGCCUGGUCAAAAUACCUCAAAGAUAUAAUGUCAUACAUCGAACGCAGAGCCCAUCUAGAAGUUGAGUAUUCCAAAAACCUGUCUAGAUUGGCGUUGGCAGUCAGACCAGCUCUAACAGAAGAGGGAUUUCUUCCUCUUCAGUCAGUCUACUGCACAGUUCUAUCACAGGAUGUGGAGUAUGCCAAGACUUGUCAGGCAACAUUCACUCUCUUGCAGACCACAAAGUUUAUGGAGCCUCUGAAUGCCCGGAGGAAUGAGCAUGAAAAGGUGCGCAAGGUGGUCAGAGAUAACUGGAACAAGGAAUUCAAGAAAAUGCAAGAGACAGAGAACAACCUGAUGAAGGCCAAGUCAGCGUACGUUGCUAGGCAACAGGACUAUGAGAAGGCCAGAGAGCUGUCUCAGAAGACAGAGACAGAUGGACUGUCGCUCUCGAGUGGCACGAGCGCCACCAAGAUUGACAAGAAGAAGAAGGCUGAAGAUGAGGCCAUGCACAAGGCUGCAGAAGCAGAGACCACCUACAAAGCGUGCGUUGCAGAGGCCAACAACAGACACAGGGACCUACAGAAUACCAAGAAGGAACUGCUGGCUGCCAUCAGAGAGCAGAUAUACCUCUCUGAUCAGGCCAUCAGGAAAGUGACUACAGAUUACUUCCAGCUCCUACAGACAGUCUCUGCCCCAGUCCCUAUACAGUACAACACCCUGUGUGAUACCUCCAAGAGGUACGACCCUGGGAGCCAGUAUGAAGAAUAUGUACGCCGGUUACCGAUUUCGACGUCAGCAACAUUGCAGUAUAAAGAGCACAAAUUUGAACAGUAUUAUAACAAAAGUGAUAUUGGUAAUCGCAAGACGAGCACACAGUCUAACGAGUCUGCUAGUUCUGAACAACAUUCGGGCGAUGGAUCCCCGUCUGUACAAAGAAAAGACAAGUACCGCACCCCUCUGCCAGCGUGGCAGGGUGGACGAGGCAUCAUUGCCAACAGCGACACCGACAGUCACAGCGGAAGCAGCAAGUCUCUAUCGGGUUCCAUGGACAAUCUCAUGGAGGAUGACCAUGAUACGCCAAGCACAGUGAAACAGAUGUUGGCAGUGCCUGGCUCAGAACAGUUGGACGUUCAUGCCAUCGUCAAGCGUCCAGGUCAGCGCAGGGGCACAACGUUUGGGGUGGACUUCCAGGAGCAGGUGGAGCAUUAUCACUCCGCCAUUCCGCCCAUCAUCACAAAGUGCUUGAAAGAGAUCGAGAAACGUGGCAUCACUCUCAAGGGCAUGUAUCGAGUAUCAGGUGUGAAAAGCACAGUGGAGAACCUGUGCCAAAGAUUUGAGAUCGAUCCAGAAUCAGUCAACCUCGACAACGAAAAUCCGAACGUGAUCUCGAACGUUCUCAAGCUCUACCUCCGUCAACUGCCCGAGCCUCUGCUUACCUUCAGACUCUACCAGAACUUUGUACAAGUCGCCAAGGAGAACAUGUCAGGCACCACCAUGGAGAUGUCCGUUGAGAACCUUCACAUCCUCAUUGACAAGCUGCCAUUCUCCAACAGGAAAACCUGUGGAGUACUCAUGCAUCAUCUGAAAAGGGUAGCUUCAUUCUCAGAUCAGAACCAGAUGAACGCCAGUAACCUAGGCAUAGUGUUCGGACCAACCUUGCUGAGACCGCAGGGAGGUAAUGCCUCACUGGCUUGUCUGGUAGAUACGCCACAUCAAACCAGAGUUGUGGAACUUCUAAUCGUGAAUGCCGAGAGCCUGUUUGGGCCCUUGGAAGACCACCAGCUGUUUCCCGGGGAGACCAGGGUAGAACCAAUGAGGAAAGGAUUGCUGCCUUCCCCACAGCAGGCAACUUUAGAAUUACCCAAAGAAGAACAACCAAAGGUUGAUUCAAGAAAAGAACAAAGCCCAACAUUGCGAUUGGUGCCCAAAGAUGACCUGCUGACCAAUCAGCUGCUCUUGUCUUCCUCUAGUCCUAACGAGAUUUCUCAGCAGAAGAACGAGGAUAUUUUGCUUCCCGGUUCGGCCAGCGUAGAUAGACAGGAAAGGAAGACGAGAUCCACCUCUGAUGCCAGAUCUAGAGGCGGACCUGUAGUGUUCAUGACGCCACCCCUUCCCUCUCGCAGUACCUCACGCCGUCUUACAUCCCCAGCCAGCUCACCCAACCUCUCCUACCGCAGCUCCGCUUCUGCCCCUCCAACCAUCACGGUUGACACUUCCGUCCCAGAAAAAAAUCCUCAGCGUAACAGCAGCUCAUCUGAGACACAAAUCUUGCCUGGGAAAGACAGUCCAAACACGUCUCCCAGACUUCAGCAGAGAGUUCUUCAGUUACCCCCUAUGAAUGCAUGGAACCCUAAAGGUGAUAGCAUGUUUACUAGUAUCUUAGAUUCACGGUCCCCACAAAUCUAUAGAAGAACAGCCAGCACCUCUAGUAGUAAAACGGACCCUUUUCAAGUUGAGGAGAUAUUAGAACCAAUGUCCAGGGUAUCCUGGCCUCAAAGGUCUGGGCAAAGUCUGUUCUCGAGUUCUCCACCAUUAAAUCGCCCCACUACGGAAAGUGAAUCUUUAAAUGCUUCCAAAUCCCCAAAUCUUUUACGUAAAUGUACUAGUUUCGAUAUUGAGAGGUCAAAACCGUUUCCGCCUCGAGCACUUAUUAGCAGUCCAACCACUCUACGCAAAUUUUCUUCAAGUAUUGAUAGUUCUAGAGAGGAAAUAAAGCAUGCUGAGGACACACAGGCCCUAACGAAGUGGGACACUGAAUGUUUGUCAAAUGAUUCUGGUAAAAUAAGUAAUAAAGAGGAGGAGGAGUCUUUCCAUGAUGAAAGAUUUUACAUCCCGAAUUUUGAAAGUGGUGCAAGUGCUUCGGCUUGUAAUGAUGGUCAGGAUUCUCGUCCUGGUUUGACUUUGAAUGAUUCGGUAGGGCCGUCAUCACAUUCAGAGUUUGAAUUUGAUUCAGAAAAGAUUAAUAGGUCUUUGGAAGAUCCGAAUAUACCGGAAACCGAUAUUUUGGAUGACAUAAUUGAAGAAGAAAACAAUGGAAUCAAUGAGAAUAAAGGUAAAGACCUUAUUGAUUCUGCACAGGGUAUUAAUAGGAAAGAUAAAAGAAAAGGUAUGAUUAUGGACAGUGAAGUGUUUAAUUCUGCUCCUGAUUUGGGAACGAAACCAAAGGCAAAGAAAUCUAUAACAGAAACUUUGACAAAGCAUGUCACCAGGCUUAAACAUGAUUCUUCCAAGAAGAACAAUGAUGAUUCUCCGAAAAUAGCCAAAUCAAAGAGUGGUAAAGGUAAAGAAUCAAUGGCACAUGGCUCACCAAAAAGCAACGAAAAACAUAAAUUGAAAGCCACAUCAUCCGUGAAGUCAGCAAUUUUGUCAUCUGCAGCAAAACUGAAGGCAAUAAGCAGAAAGAGUCCAGUCAUGUUAUUGAGCUACAAAUCGCAUUCUAUCAGCAUACCGGAUCACUCCAGAAAACAAGAUAGGCCAAAAUCAACAUCAGCCCUGAGCUCUUCACCAAGGCGUCCUGGUAUUCACCAAACAGAAUCGAGCCCAACUGUCCUUGUUACAACUCCGGAAGGUAAAAUUGAUGCACUGGAAACCACCACCAGAAAGAAAAGAACACAGUAUGUAUCCAAAGCUGUUGUUGAUUCUGACACCAGUAAGCCCAGUUGCAAGGAAGCUGAAAUGCCUAUAGGAAAGAAGCCUGCUUCUGCUACAGGUACGUCUUCUGCUGCAAGUUGUAAAUUGAACGAAGCCAAAACAGAUAGCAAGGGAACAAAAUAUUCUGCUACAAAAGUGGUUCAAAAUUUGAAAAACACUAAGGAUUUUGGAAAAAGUGAUAAAAGUACAGCCAAAGAUUGUAAUGUAUCUUCUUCUAGUUCAGUGAGCAGAACAGAUUUGUCAAAAGAUACGAAGACCAAGAAAAUAGACCCAGUUAAAAAAUCGGCAGGGUUGAAAGUUGUGCCCAAUGAAGUCAAGAAGGUAAAUAGUGAUUCACAGCCUCGAUCAUUAACACAGAAAAGGGAUAGCAUUAGCUCUGUGAACAGUGACAAUGCUAAGAAAUCCGAUCACUUUCGAGAUUGUUGUCAAAGCAAGCGUAAGAAUACUGAGAAGAAAUAGAUUCUUUCUCUCUUAGGAAAAAUGAUGAGGCAUAUAGGGGUAAAGUCACUUGGACCUGGUUUUUAGCAGAGUUUUGUGGGGACCGCAAUAAUUCUUUCAACUCAAACAUUAUGCUUAAUUUAGAUUUUAUACAUUCUGCUGUAUAUUUUAUUUUUCUUUGUAUGAAGGCAUUUAGUAUUUAUAUAAGUAAUAUAUUAUGCAUUUUAAUGAUAUUACCAUAUGUUUUUUGUAAGGUGUUAUAAGUAGCAAAAUGUGCAAUAUAAUAAUUUUCUUUUUAUUUUUUAUUUUAAAGAUAUGCUUUAAACCAUUGUAUGUUUUUCUCUGCUGUAAAUUGUAAUAAAUACUUUAUGCACGCAUUAUACUGCACUAGGUAGAAAGUUGGUUCAUUAAAGUCUGUUACUGUAGUAUGAUUGAAAUGUUUUAGAUUGUUGUUUUUGGUACCAUCAAAACACAAAUUGCUAAUUUUAAAACAUUACUUUGUGCAAUCAUGUCAAUCUAAUAUUUUAUUAAUGAGGUUCAUCGUGCUUUUUGACCAUGAGUUUGUUACAGCUAAACAUUAAGUUAAAUCUAUUUACAGCCUAAUGGCUCAAAAACCAAAGAAUCUCAUUUUAAACAUUAAGUUUUAAUUAAACUUUUUAUUUUUUCCCCGAUUGGUGUAAGGUUUGUUCUUUUUGAAUAUGUAUGAAUUGUGUGACUUAACUUUAUUAGUCAUGAAUUAAUUUCUUUACAGUUACCAUAAAUUUAUUAUACUUAUAACAUUAACUACACAUACCAUACAUGCAUUAUAAGUUAAUAUCAUUUAUAAAUAUGUAAGGCAGUAACAGAUAUUAUAAAAUUAACAUAUCAAAUGUGCAAGUGGAUUACAUUUGUUCAUUACUUGCACAACAAUAUUAUAGUUGUGAGUGUUCAAAAAAUUUAUUCAGGUUGUAAUUAUAAAUGUUUUUUCAAUUUUACCCUGUUAUACAAUGUAUGUGAAUUACUGUUAAUUUCUUCUCUGUAUUUAUGUUUGUAUGAGCAUUUAUCGAACUAUGUUAUAACGGAACAUCUGUGGCAGGUUGCAGGCAUAUUAAGUGAUGCAUCCAAAAGAACAAUGUCCGCUCAAAAAGUUUAAAUAAGAUCAUCAUGGAUCUUGGUGCUAAUGUUUGUUGGCAUAAUAUCCCAAAGUUUAAACAACAGCCAUAUGGCAUGAAGCACUGAAGAAUAUUGGUGCUUGAACUAAAAUAAAAAAAGGUCACAUACACAUUGUCAACUCUCUAUCUUAAAUCUUUUGAAUUGGUUCAUUUCAAACCAGGUCACAAUCUAUAUGGGAAUAUUAUUGCAAAAAAAAUAGAUAAUCAUUCAAAACAAGGUCACAAUGUAUAUGGGAAUAUUAUCUCAACAAAAUUUGAUAAUUAUUCUGAUCAAAGGAAGCACUUUGGAAUUAUGGCCAAAGAGUUACCCCGAAUUAGCCAAAUUAAUGUCUGCUCUCUAAAAGGUGGUGUCAGGUCAAUAACUUUAGUUUGUAUUAAACAUCCUUGAUGACACUUAAAGUGAUAGUAAAUAUAUGUAUAGUAAGCUUGAAUAGAGAUCUAGCUCUCUGUUAAAUUUGGGACUGGUCAGGUCAAGUCGACUUUUACUAAAAUUAGAAACAUACUCAAUAAUUUCAAAUUAAAAUGCUGUGUGGAGGUGACUUACAUGAAUACUUCCCUAAUGAUUGCAUUUGGGGCCUGUCAGGUCAAGGUCACUGUUACUACAGCUAGAAAUGCAGUUUGCACUUACUAACUUUAGUUAGGAACAAGAUGUUACAAGGAAAUUGUUUGUGUAGGUAGCUUACCUGCAAACCUAGCUUGGGAUUGCAUUUGGUUCAAGAUAUGUAACGGUCAAAUGAUUUUAAUUUUAUAAGCAUAACAUAUUUAACAUUGAAGAUCUGACUUCAUGGCAUUUCCAUGUUUUUGUUUUUUCUCCAUUAUUUUCUCUGCCCUUAUUUGUACAACUAGAUAAUUUCUUCACUGGUCAAUAUUGGCCAGACCUUUGAAUGGGUGUUAUAUGUGGCCUGUUUGUACUCUGGUUUCUACUUGCAUCUACCUGUGUAUGUUCAAAUAUGUAGAUAUAUUAUUGAUUAUGAAACAAUGUAUGAAUGCUUUUUGCUAUUGUGGUAAUCAAAUG